AUGCAAAAUGGUUUAAAGCCCCUUUGUACAAAGAAAGUGUUGAAAGGAGCAAGGGCAUUAAUCGAAUAUAGUCGCGACGAACAAAUAGUUCUAGGCUUCUACUUUGAGGGCACAAGUCGACUUUCAGGAAAACCUCAACGAGCUUCGCCGGCUACACAGCUCCGAGUAGAGUCAAACACAAGACUGCGCUCGUCAUCAAUGACUUUCUACGUGUGGUCUUCAAACAGAUUUCAUAGUGGAUGCGCUUAG